GCCUGCGUCGUUACCGCCUGGCUCAAUUUUCCCAGGGAGGGUGGAAAAAAAUCGCGUUUCGCGUCGGCGCCUCUGAGCCGCCGUACCCCGCCUCCCCCCCUAAGACUGCUAUUCCGCGUGUCAUGGCGGCGCCCGUGGGGUCCACGUGCGCGUUGGCGCUCACGGAAAGCGUCCUGGGCGCUUUCGCCUUCUCCGCUGGUGCCGCUCCGGGAGGACGCGAGGCCAAGUGGCUGCUGCCAGAGGCGUUGGCGCUCGCCAGAGACCACGGCCUCUUCGCUAGCGCGGAGGGCGACGCAUCUGUGAACCGCUGGAUCAGCCACUGCAACUUGUGUUUGAACUCUUUGAAGACGAGGUGGGAUGGCCUGUCCCUGCUGGCCGCGCUGGUGCGCGACUGCUCCACGCAGGUGUUCGUGCAGCACUGCUGCGCCUGGCUCCGCGCCGUCACGCAGCUGCUGCAGCCCUAUGAGCCAGAGGGCGGAUUGGCGCUGGCCGUCAGAGUCCUGGCCGACCUGCUGCGAUUCUCCGCGCAACUCCCCGAGCUGGCGCGGGAGGUGUCGCAGUCUCACCUGCCGGCGCUCAUGUCGGCACUGCUGGCGCUGCGGGACCAGCGGGAGUGCAUGGCGAUGGAGGGGCUGCUGGCCUGCAUGAGAUUCUACCCGAAGACAAGUGGCACUACCAAGGUGAAGCUGGAGCUGCUGUUCGUUCCCAGACUGACGGCGACGAGGCCGACAGUGAGAGAGCUGGCGCUCGGCGGCUUCGUGCUGCUGCCGUCGCUGGGGGGAGGGGGCCCCACGGGGGGGCAGAAGCACGCGGAGGCGUGGACGCAGCAGCUGCACGACGUGCUGCGCUCGCUGCACGCGGCGCUCACACGCCUCUACGACUCCGGAGCGGACGAGGCGCAGGACUGGGGUCCUGGGGUCCAACUGGCACUCCCGGAGCCACAGGCCGACAGCCCCGUGUACCUGCUGCAGGUGAAGCAGGAGUUCUCCUGCCUUGCCCGGGCCCUGGUUGCCAUGUUGCGGGAGGAGUUUGCGGCGCCGGUGAAGGUGCCGGCGCAGCCAAUCCUCACCCUCGUUUGCCGAGCGCUGGCCAUCUCGCCCAAGCGCCUGGCCGCGGUGGGGGAAGCCACUAUGCAGCUGCUGGUGCUGCCCGCGGUCCACACGGAUGCCCUCUCGCUGCUCGAAGCCCUCAUUCGCACGUGCGGCAAGCGGCUGCUGCGGUUCGGCGACGUCAUCAACCGGGCCUUCCCGCAGGUGCUCGCCACAUGGAGCCCGCCGGCGGAGACGGGGGGUGACCCCGGGCGGGAGAGCCCCUACAGCGAGGUGCGCGUGCGUGCGUACGGCGCGCUGGCCGCGUGGGUGGACGUGUGCGGCGCCACGUGCCGCGUGCUGCAGGACGAGCUGCAGCACGCGCACGACCUCCUCCGCCACCUCGUCCGGGACGCCUCCCCCGCCAGCGACCUCAUCCGGCUCCAGGUGGGGCGGCCGCGUGGUGACCUCCAGCUGGGGAGUCGCGCCGGCAAGCGGCACAAGGGCGGUGCGCCCGUCACCGGCGCCACCGGCACGGCCGGGCCCAGGAAGAGCGACGCGCGGGCCGGGGCCGACGUGUGCCUCGCGGCGCUGCACGCGCUGGUGCGGGUGGUGCUGCGUUGUGGGAGCUUGAUGCCCGCCAAGGUGCACAAGCGCCUGCACGAGCUGGCGGUGAGCUCGGCGCUGGCGCUGCAGGCGGGCGGCGCCCCGCCGCGCCCCCUCGGCGCGUGCCCCGCGUGCCGCGUGGAGCUCUACCGCCUGCUGCUGCACCUGCUGCUGGCGCCCUCGCCGGCGCUGCCUCCGCCGCUGCAGCCGGCGCUGCGCAUCCUGGCCCGGGGCCAGCGCGACGACAGCGCCCAGGUGUCCGCGUUUUGCGCCGACGCCCUCGUCGUCGCGAGCGCCAUCGUCCACCCGCGGGUCCCCUCCCUGCAGCUUCCCGCAGCCGCGCCCGCAGCCGCCCCUCCGCUCGGGGACCCCCCCGCGGCCGCCCGGGAGUUCUCGUGGCCCGGAAGAGACCCCGACGCCGAGGCGCGCGACGUCCGUACCGACGAUCGCUCCCCGCUGGACCUGUCGCGCAACGACGCGCCGGGAGAUUGGGCCCGGCCGGCCGUCCCGCGCGGCUCUUCCGGCGGCGGCUCCGGCGGGACGGCGUCCGCGGACGGGAGCGGCGGCGCCGAAGGUCCGGACGAUUCCGCGACGAUCGCGGACGGCGUCGCGGCGCCGUUGCGGGUGACGGCCGAGAAGCCGCGCCGAGCGGAGGACGACGGAGAACGCCGGGAGAGGGCGGCGGCCUCCUCUCUGCGGUCCAGUGGAGGGACGCAGGAGGUGGACGACGUGGAGGAGGAUGGACGAGUUGACGGCGGCAACGACGGCAGAGCAUCCAAGCGCAAGCGGGGGAGAGACGAACGCGAGGCUGUGGCUGCGAGCGACGAGAACGACGGCGGCUGCGGCGGCGGCGGCGGCAACGAUCGUGAUGGCGACGACGACACGAUGAGGACCAUGCUCGCCGACUUUGUGGACUGCCCCCCAGAGGGCGAGGGGAGCUGCCGCCACCGCGAGGUCGUCGCCGCUGGCGAGUUACUCGCCCGGCCGUAGCGCCAGCGCCCACCAGCUCCUGGAGGCGCUGCGUGGGGCACGCUGGGGGGUCGGGGGGGGGGGGCGGGGCGGUGGGGGCGCACGCGAGACGCGAGUUGUAAAUUGUAACUUCUUUCGCACCGUCUGUAGCCAACCGUGUGAAUCGGCGGUGCGAGUUCUCCGGUUGCUUUCGAUGGUUCAGUGUUGAUUGGCGUUCCCGUGAACUCGCCGAUCCGUCUGCCCACGUUGAGGACUCGGUUUUACCAGACACCUUUCCCGUCUCGACCGGCAGCAGUGCUACCGGAGGACAAGCGACCGCGUGCUCGCACACAAACGCACGCGAAGAUCGCCUGUAGCAGGCUGUUGGGGCAAGUGCUGUUGGCGAGCAGCGCCCGUGGGUGGGUGGGCCCGCACCGCCUCCCGCCGUUUUUGACUCCCUAGCGGAGAUGUUUUCCACGCCGCAGCAGGUGCUCAUUUGAGGAGGCCCGGGCCUUGUUCAGAUAUUUGUCGCCGUCGCUGACGGCGAGCGAGAACGGAACCCGGCUCGCUGAGUGUGAGACGACACGAGUGUGAGACGAGUGUGAGACGACACGAGUGUGACACGAGUGUGAGACGAGUGUGAGACGACACGAGUGUGAGACGAGUGUGAGAUGACACGAGUGUGACACGAGUGUGGGCGA